UUCUACAGAUUUAUGAAUGCUAUGAAAAUAACUUGGUAUUAACGACGCUUUUUUCCCCUAGCUGAUUACACCUUACCAAGAAAGGACGUAGUAUUUCUGCUGGACGGUUCAGAUGGAAAUAGGAAUUCUUUCCCAGCAAUGCGUGAAUUUGUUCAAAGAGUAGUGGAGCAAUUCAACAUAGAUGCAAACGAAGACCAUGUUUCUGUGGUGCAGUACAGUAGAGACACUGAGGUCCAUUUCUAUCUGAAUACCUACACUUCAAAGGAAGACAUUCUUGACAGUGUCAGAGGUCUGAGACACAAAGGAGGGAGACCCCUCAACACGGGUGCAGCUCUCCAGUACGUCAAAGAUAAUGUCUUUACAGCCUCCUAUGGCAGCAGACGACUGGAGGGUGUGCCGCAGAUACUGAUUGUGCUAAGUGGGGGAAAGUCAUUUGACAGUGUUGAUACAGCAGCCUCCUCUCUGAAAGAGCUUGGAGUCUUGACCUUCGGAAUCGGCUCAAGAGGCUCUGAUAGCAGAGAAUUGCAGAGAAUCUCAUAUGACCCCAAUUACGCUCUGUCCGUGUCCGACUUCACCGAGCUUCCAAAUGUCCAAGAACAGCUGCUGGCCUCCGUACAGGCUGUUGCAAUGCCAACUACGCCAACUUCACCGACAGUGAUCGCUGAUUACACCAUACCAAGAAAGGAUGUAGUAAUUUUGCUGGACGGCUCAGAUGGCACUAGGAAUUCUUUCCCAGCAAUGCGUGAAUUUGUGCAAAGAGUAGUAGAGCAAUUUAACAUAGAGGCAAACAGAGACCGUGUUUCUGUGGUGCAGUACAGUAAAGACGCUGUGGCCCAUUUCUAUCUUAAUACCUACGCUACAAAGGAGGAGAUCCUUAACACUGUCAGGAGUCUUAGGCACAGAGGAGGGAGACCCCUCAACACAGGGGCAGCUCUCCAGUACGUGAUGAACAAUGUCUUCACUGCCUCUGCUGGGAGUAGAAGGCAAGAGGGUGUUCCUCAGGUUCUUAUACUUUUCAGUGGAGGACGCUCAAACGAUAACAUAGACACACCUGCCUCUGCUCUGAAAGAGAGUGGGGUCUUAAUUUUUGGCAUUGGCACCAGAAAUUCGAGCAGAGAGGUACAGAUAAUUGCCAGUGGUCCUACCUAUGCACAGUCCAUCCCUGAGUUCUCUGACCUUCCCAGUGUCCAGCAGCAGUUUUUGAGCUCACUGAACAAUGUGCUUGUGCAAGUCCUGCAGAUGACACCUACUGUUAUGGUUGAACGAAGGAUGGCUGGGAGGGAUGUAGUGUUCCUGCUGGAUGGUUCAGAUGGCACUAGGAGCUCUUUUCCAGCAAUGCGUGACUUUGUUGAAAGGAUGGUGGAGAGAUUGAAUAUGUCUGAGAGACGAGACCGUGUGUCUGUGGUGCAGUUCAGCAGAGAUCCAGAGGCCCAUUUCUAUCUUAACACAUACACGAAUAAGGAGGACAUUCUUGACACGGUCAGGGGCCUGAGGCACAAAGGAGGGAGACCCCUCAACACAGGGGCGGCUCUGCAGUACGUGAGAGACAGUGUCUUCACUGCCUCCUCAGGAAGCAGACGUGUAGAGGGUGUGCCACAGUUACUGAUUCUGCUGAGUGGUGGAAGGUCAUUUGAUAAUGUUGACAUACCGGCCACCUCCCUGAAAGAGCUUGGAGUAUUGAUCUUUGGGAUAGGGUCAAGGAGCUCUGACAGCAGGGAACUGCAGAGGAUCUCCCAUGACCCAAGUUAUGUACUCUCAGUGAGUGACUUCUCUGACCUUCCCAGUGUCCAACAGCAGCUUUUCACCAACAUUAACACGGUACUUGUAGAGGGCACGCCUAUCACUACCACAAUAAUAGGUAAGAGAAAGACAAAACUGGCUUGCUUUAAUGCCCCUCAUUGUAAUGCAUUGUGCUGUUUGCUUAGUAUGUCCCCAAUCUCACCUGACAAUGUUUGUUUCUUAGCUGAGGGUCGUAGACCAAGAAGAGAUGUUGUCUUCCUGCUGGAUGGAUCAGAUGGCACAAGGAAUGGGUUCCCAGCAAUGAAAGAGUUUGUUCAAAGAAUGGUGGAGAGACUGGAAGUUGCUGAGAACAGAGAUCGCGUUUCUGUGGUCCAGUACAGCAGAGACGCAGAGGUCAAUUUCAAUCUAAACACGUACACAAAAAAGGAAGGCAUUCUUGAUGCUUUAAGAGGUCUGAGACACAAAGGAGGCAGACCCCUCAACACGGGGGCAGCUCUCCAGUACGUCAGAGACAAUGUCUUUACUGCGUCCUCUGGCAGCAGACGACUGGAGGCUGUGCCACAGAUACUUAUUGUGCUUAGUGGGGGAAGGUCAUUUGACAGUGUUGAUACAGCAGCCUCCUCUCUAAAAGAGCUUGGAAUCUUGACCUUCGGAAUUGGCUCAAGAGCCUCUGAUAGCAGAGAAUUGCAGAUAAUCUCAUCUGACCCCAAUUACGCGCUCUCCGUGUCUGACUUCAGUGAGCUUCCAAAUGUUCAAGAACAGCUGCUGGCCUCAGUACAGGCUGUUGCAAUGCCCAUCACUCCAACAUCGCCAGCUGUUACUGGUAUGUGCAUGGCAGAACUUCCCAAGACUGAUUACACCUUACCAAGAAAGGACGUAGUAUUUCUGCUGGACGGUUCAGAUGGAAAUAGGAAUUCUUUCCCAGCAAUGCGUGAAUUUGUUCAAAGAGUAGUGGAGCAAUUCAACAUAGAUGCAAACGAAGACCAUGUUUCUGUGGUGCAGUACAGUAGAGACACUGAGGUCCAUUUCUAUCUGAAUACCUACACUUCAAAGGAAGACAUUCUUGACAGUGUCAGAGGUCUGAGACACAAAGGAGGGAGACCCCUCAACACGGGUGCAGCUCUCCAGUACGUCAAAGAUAAUGUCUUUACAGCCUCCUAUGGCAGCAGACGACUGGAGGGUGUGCCGCAGAUACUGAUUGUGUUAAGUGGGGGAAAGUCAUUUGACAGUGUUGAUACAGCAGCCUCCUCUCUGAAAGAGCUUGGAGUCUUGACCUUCGGAAUCGGCUCAAGAGGCUCUGAUAGCAGAGAAUUGCAGAGAAUCUCAUAUGACCCCAAUUACGCUCUGUCCGUGUCCGACUUCACCGAGCUUCCAAAUGUCCAAGAACAGCUGCUGGCCUCCGUACAGGCUGUUGCAAUGCCAACUACGCCAACUUCACCGACAGUGAUCGCUGAUUACACCAUACCAAGAAAGGAUGUAGUAAUUUUGCUGGACGGCUCAGAUGGCACUAGGAAUUCUUUCCCAGCAAUGCGUGAAUUUGUGCAAAGAGUAGUAGAGCAAUUUAACAUAGAGGCAAACAGAGACCGUGUUUCUGUGGUGCAGUACAGUAAAGACGCUGUGGCCCAUUUCUAUCUUAAUACCUACGCUACAAAGGAGGAGAUCCUUAACACUGUCAGGAGUCUUAGGCACAGAGGAGGGAGACCCCUCAACACAGGGGCAGCUCUCCAGUACGUGAUGAACAAUGUCUUCACUGCCUCUGCUGGGAGUAGAAGGCAAGAGGGUGUUCCUCAGGUUCUUAUACUUUUCAGUGGAGGACGCUCAAACGAUAACAUAGACACACCUGCCUCUGCUCUGAAAGAGAGUGGGGUCUUAAUUUUUGGCAUUGGCACCAGAAAUUCGAGCAGAGAGGUACAGAUAAUUGCCAGUGGUCCUACCUAUGCACAGUCCAUCCCUGAGUUCUCUGACCUUCCCAGUGUCCAGCAGCAGUUUUUGAGCUCACUGAACAAUGUGCUUGUGCAAGUCCUGCAGAUGACACCUACUGUUAUGGUUGAACGAAGGAUGGCUGGGAGGGAUGUAGUGUUCCUGCUGGAUGGUUCAGAUGGCACUAGGAGCUCUUUUCCAGCAAUGCGUGACUUUGUUGAAAGGAUGGUGGAGAGAUUGAAUAUGUCUGAGAGACGAGACCGUGUGUCUGUGGUGCAGUUCAGCAGAGAUCCAGAGGCCCAUUUCUAUCUUAACACAUACACGAAUAAGGAGGACAUUCUUGACACGGUCAGGGGCCUGAGGCACAAAGGAGGGAGACCCCUCAACACAGGGGCGGCUCUGCAGUACGUGAGAGACAGUGUCUUCACUGCCUCCUCAGGAAGCAGACGUGUAGAGGGUGUGCCACAGUUACUGAUUCUGCUGAGUGGUGGAAGGUCAUUUGAUAAUGUUGACAUACCGGCCACCUCCCUGAAAGAGCUUGGAGUAUUGAUCUUUGGGAUAGGGUCAAGGAGCUCUGACAGCAGGGAACUGCAGAGGAUCUCCCAUGACCCAAGUUAUGUACUCUCAGUGAGUGACUUCUCUGACCUUCCCAGUGUCCAACAGCAGCUUUUCACCAACAUUAACACGGUACUUGUAGAGGGCACGCCUAUCACUACCACAAUAAUAGGUAAGAGAAAGACAAAACUGGCUUGCUUUAAUGCCCCUCAUUGUAAUGCAUUGUGCUGUUUGCUUAGUAUGUCCCCAAUCUCACCUGACAAUGUUUGUUUCUUAGCUGAGGGUCGUAGACCAAGAAGAGAUGUUGUCUUCCUGCUGGAUGGAUCAGAUGGCACAAGGAAUGGGUUCCCAGCAAUGAAAGAGUUUGUUCAAAGAAUGGUGGAGAGACUGGAAGUUGCUGAGAACAGAGAUCGCGUUUCUGUGGUCCAGUACAGCAGAGACGCAGAGGUCAAUUUCAAUCUAAACACGUACACAAAAAAGGAAGGCAUUCUUGAUGCUUUAAGAGGUCUGAGACACAAAGGAGGCAGACCCCUCAACACGGGGGCAGCUCUCCAGUACGUCAGAGACAAUGUCUUUACUGCGUCCUCUGGCAGCAGACGACUGGAGGCUGUGCCACAGAUACUUAUUGUGCUUAGUGGGGGAAGGUCAUUUGACAGUGUUGAUACAGCAGCCUCCUCUCUAAAAGAGCUUGGAAUCUUGACCUUCGGAAUUGGCUCAAGAGCCUCUGAUAGCAGAGAAUUGCAGAUAAUCUCAUCUGACCCCAAUUACGCGCUCUCCGUGUCUGACUUCAGUGAGCUUCCAAAUGUUCAAGAACAGCUGCUGGCCUCAGUACAGGCUGUUGCAAUGCCCAUCACUCCAACAUCGCCAGCUGUUACUGGUAUGUGCAUGGCAGAACUUCCCAAGACUGAUUACACCUUACCAAGAAAGGACGUAGUAUUUCUGCUGGACGGUUCAGAUGGAAAUAGGAAUUCUUUCCCAGCAAUGCGUGAAUUUGUUCAAAGAGUAGUGGAGCAAUUCAACAUAGAUGCAAACGAAGACCAUGUUUCUGUGGUGCAGUACAGUAGAGACACUGAGGUCCAUUUCUAUCUGAAUACCUACACUUCAAAGGAAGACAUUCUUGACAGUGUCAGAGGUCUGAGACACAAAGGAGGGAGACCCCUCAACACGGGUGCAGCUCUCCAGUACGUCAAAGAUAAUGUCUUUACAGCCUCCUAUGGCAGCAGACGACUGGAGGGUGUGCCGCAGAUACUGAUUGUGCUAAGUGGGGGAAAGUCAUUUGACAGUGUUGAUACAGCAGCCUCCUCUCUGAAAGAGCUUGGAGUCUUGACCUUCGGAAUCGGCUCAAGAGGCUCUGAUAGCAGAGAAUUGCAGAGAAUCUCAUAUGACCCCAAUUACGCUCUGUCCGUGUCCGACUUCACCGAGCUUCCAAAUGUCCAAGAACAGCUGCUGGCCUCCGUACAGGCUGUUGCAAUGCCAACUACGCCAACUUCACCGACAGUGAUCGCUGAUUACACUAUACCAAGAAAGGAUGUAGUAAUUUUGCUGGACGGUUCUGAUGGCACCAGGAAUUCUUUCUCAGCAAUGCGUGAAUUUGUUCAAAGAGUAGUAGAGCAAUUUAACAUAGAUGCAAACAGAGACCGUGUUUCUGUGGUGCAAUACAGUAGAGAUGCUGAGGCCCAUUUCUAUCUGAAUACCUACACUACAAAGGAUGACAUUCUUGAUAGUGUCAGAGGUCUGAAACACAAAGGAGGGAGACCCCUCAACACAGGGGCAGCUCUCCAGUACAUCAGAAACAAUGUUUUUACUGCGUCCUCUGGCAGCAGAAGACUGGAGGGUGUGCCACAGAUACUUAUUAUUCUUAGUGGGGGAAGGUCAUUUGACAGUGUUGAUACAGCAGCCUCCUCUCUGAAAGAGCUUGGAGUCUUGACCUUUGGAAUAGGUUUAAGAGGCUCUGAUAGCAGAGAAUUGCAGAGAAUUUCUCAUGAUCCUGAUUCCAUACUCUUUUUAAGGGACUUUGCUUACCUUUCCAGUGUCCUACAGCAGCUUUUCACCAACAUUGAUAUGGUAGUUGUGAAGGCUACAUCAUCCACUCCCAUAAUCAUAGCAAUCAUCAAUGCUCUUCGACCUGCCGAGUUCUCUUCGGUCAAGAAUUUCAGAGACGUGCACGAACAGGAGAAAUCUCACCAAACGAACACCGUGGCAGAACAAAAACCUCACUGCACUUUGUCAUCAUUUGCAGGCGAACUAAGCAAAGCCUGUCUGCGCACGGAGUCCCAAGGACCCAAGAAGGACGUCGUCUUUGUAAUCGAUGGUUCUGAUGGUGUUGGCAGGGAGUUCCCAAUUAUCCAGGAGUUUGUUCGCAGAGUUGUGGAGAACCUCAAUAUUGGUGAGAACAAGAUCCGUGUCAGUGUGGUGCAGUAUGGAGAUUCUCCAAACGCAGACAUAUACCUCAACUCCCAUAAGACCAAAGAAGGUGUCCUAAAUGGCAUCAAAGAACUCCGACAUCGAGGGGGCAAACAGCGCAACCUUGGUCGGGCCAUAGACUUUGUUGCUCGUGAAGUUCUGGCUUCAGGACGUGGUGGAAGAAAACAGGAGGGAGUUCCACAAUUUCUUGUGGUGGUUUCAGGAGGAAAAGCAACAGACAAUAUAAGAACAUCUGCAACAGCUCUCAAACAGUCAGGAAUUGUCCCGUUUAGCAUAGGGACAAGGGAAGUUGAUACUCAGGAAUUGCAGGUGAUCUCCUAUGUCCCCAAAUAUGCCUAUGCAGUUGAUGACUUGCCUGGUCUUUAUACCGUUCAGGACACACUCAUAACGUCCUUGACUGAGCUAUCUAGUGAAGAGUUAGCCAAAUUGCGUCCUUUUUACCCUGCAGAAUCAGCUCCAAUUCCAACAGGACCUCGUGGAGAUAAGAGGGAUGUUGUGUUCCUUAUUGAUGGCACAACAAAGAUGCGCAGUGAGUUCCCUGCUAUAAGAAACAUGAUUCAGAGGGUGGUGGAUAAGUUGGAUGUGGGUCUGGACAAUGUGAGGGUGUCAGUUGUGCAGUACAGUGAUGAUCCCAAACUGGAAUUUCUCCUCAAUGAGCACUCCACCAAGGAGGAAGUUCGCCAGGCAUUACAAAGAAUUAGAAGCAAAGGAGGCAGUGAGCUUAAUACUGGGCAAGCUCUGGAAUAUGUCUCAAAGAACAUCUAUCAAAGAUCUGCUGGUAGCCGUAUAGAAGAGGGCGUGCCUCAGUUUCUCAUCUUAGUGACCGGAGGAAAGUCCAAUGAUGAUGUAUCUGGUCCUGCCAACCAACUGAAGUUAAGCAAUGUUGCCCCCUUAGCAGUUGGAGCUCAUAAUGCUGAUGCAGAAGAACUCAAACUAAUUUCCUUCAGCCCAGAACUAACCUACACCAUUAGAGACUUCCAGCAGCUACCUAGAGUGGAACAAGAGCUUUUUAACAAAGUCAGUACAAUGACCAAAACAGUAACUUCUGUCACACCUAUGCCUGGAGUCAAACUCAGCCUUGGAAGAAAGGACAUCAUCUUCCUCAUUGACGGCUCUGACAGUGUUGGACCAAACGGUGUUGCUCACAUCCGUGACUUUAUCUUGAAAGUUGUUGAGCAGCUUGAUGUGCAACCUGACCAAGUUCGUGUGGCUUUGGUGCAGUAUGGUGAAAGACCUAAAACUGAAUUCUCUUUGAACUCCCACAACAACAAGCAGUCUGUCAUCUCUGCAAUCAAGAGACUGCGUCACAUGGGUGGACGUGGUGCUGACCUAGCUGAGGCUAUACAGUAUGUGAUUCGAAAUGAGCUCCAAGCUUCUGCUGGGGUACGUCCAUCAGAGGCUUCCCAGCAUUUGGUGGUUCUUACUGGUGGAAGGUCGUCCUCUGAUGUAUCUUUAUAUGGCCCACUCCUCAAAGGCUCUCGGGUCAACUGUAUAGGAAUCGGUGCAGAGAAUGCAGACACAAAACAGCUGGAACAGAUUGCAACCACCUCUGCUGACGUCCUGCAGGUGGCUACAUUCCCAAGUCUUCCAAACAUAAAAAGCCAGUUUAUAGCCAGACUUAAUGGAACAAUUGUAGAUGAACCUUCCCCUGAUGAACCAAGUCCUGGGCUCCCACAGGCAAAGGCUGCUGACAUUGUCUUUUUAGUUGAUGGGUCAAUUAAUCUUGGCAGGGAAAAUUUUAAAGAGGUCAUGGAAUUCAUUCUCAAUUUAAUUGACCUGUUCUUUACGGAGAGAGACAAACUUCAGAUUGGUCUAGCACAUUAUGCUGCAGAUGUGACAGAUGUCUUCUACCUCAAUUCCUACAAAAAUAAGGAUGACAUCAUUAGCGCCAUAUCCCGAGUAGAGUACAAGGGAGGUCGGGAAAUUAAAACAGGCAGUGCCAUUCGCCAUGUUCAGCAAACACACUUUGUAAAAGAAAGAGGCAGUCGGAAAGAUGAGGGCAUUCCACAGAUCCUGAUGGUAGUCACUGGUGGACGGUCAAAGGAUGACAGCAAGUCAGCAGCACUAGCUCUUAAAGCCACUGGUGUGCGCAUCUACGCUGUUGGGGUGGGUGAUCUUGAGGAUGAGCUUAAUAAAUUGGGCAGUGAGGCAACCACGGUGGCCCGAGCCAGUACCUUCCAAGAGCUCUCUGAGCUGAAUGAGCAGAUUUUGGAAACACUUGAUGAUGAGGUGAAAGGAAUAAAACUGUGCACAGGAGUACAGGAUGCUACAAGAGCAUGCAGGUUGGAUGUUCUUGUGGGGUUUGACGUAGCUUCCCAGAAUAUUUUUGCUGCUCAGAGGUCAUUAGAGUCUAAGAUAUCUGCUAUUCUCCAACGCAUUACCCAGAUGCAGCCUAUCAGCUGCACCUCUGGCCAGGUCCCCUCAGUACAGGUGGGCAUGCUAGCGAUGGACUCUGCCUCAGAGCCUGUUCAGCUAGACUUCACUGACAGAUACACAGAUCUUCUUGAGCAAUUCAAGGCCCUGCGCAGCCGUGGACCUUUUGUUUUGAAUGCCGCCACAAUCAAAGCUUAUUCUGACCGAUUCAAAUCUCAGCCUUCGGACAGUAUCAAGGUUGUGAUCCACUUAACUGAUGGAUUAGAUGCCCAAUAUAACAUUUUGAAAGAGCGAGUUGAAAAGAUGCGUGUAACUGGUGUUCAUAGUUUCAUCCUUGUUGCCCUGGAGAGAGUGCCACGAUUUGAGGAUGCAGUUCUCUUGGAAUUUGGCCGUGGAUUCAGGUACACACGACCUCUGCGUGUCAACCUCAUGGACUUGGAUUAUGAGCUGCUGGAAGAACUGGACAACAUUGCUGAGCGGGAAUGCUGCUCUGUUCCAUGCAAGUGUAAUGGCCAGAGAGGGGACAGAGGGGCUGUUGGUGUGCCUGGACUGAAGGGUCAACCUGGUGGUCAGGGCUUCAGUGGACAUCCUGGUGAUGAAGGUGGACCGGGAGAGAGAGGUCCACCUGGUGUAAAUGGAACUCAAGGAUUCCAAGGAUGUCAAGGCCAGAGAGGUGUUAAAGGAUCUCGAGGAUACAAUGGUGAAAAGGGGGAAAUUGGAGAGAUUGGUUUAAAUGGAAUCAAUGGAGAGGAGGGAACAACUGGAGUUGCUGGCCCUCCUGGAGAUAGAGGAAACCCGGGCGAAAGGGGGCCUAAAGGGGCCAAAGGCCAGGCAGGAGAUGUUGGUCAGACUGGGAUCCGUGGUGAUCCAGGCAUCCCAGGAAGAGACAACAACCAAAGAGGACCAAAAGGUGAUCCAGGCGAUGCUGGCCCAGCGGGAGAGCCAGGGGUGGACGGAAGUAAGGGAGAUCCUGGUGAACCAGGCAGACUGGGCUCUGUUGGUAAAAGGGGGACUCCUGGCAAAGCUGGUGCUUCUGGAAGGCCCGGUGCUGAUGGUUUACUAGGAGAGCCAGGAGUUGGGGGAUCACGGGGUCCUGCUGGACCAAUUGGAGCACCUGGAAUCAGAGGAGAAGAUGGAAACCCUGGUCCGAGUGGUCCAGGAGGACUGCCAGGACCUUCUGGAGAAAAGGGCAGAAGAGGUGCUGUUGGCCGUAAGGGUGAACCAGGGGAGCCUGGACCUAAAGGUGUUGUUGGACCCCAAGGACCCCGUGGGGAGCCUGGUGAUGAUGGCCGUGAUGGGGCUGGUGUACCAGGUCCCAAAGGAAGAAAAGGUGAUGAAGGUUUCCCUGGUUUCCCUGGUCCAAAGGGUGAUGCUGGUGACCCUGGUUCAAAGGGAGGACCUGGACCUAGAGGAAAUAAUGGCCAGAGGGGUGCGUCAGGAGGAACUGGUGGGCCUGGACAGAAGGGAGAAAUUGGAUACCCGGGGCCCUAUGGUCAAAAAGGACCCAGAGGACCUGGUGUGGUGCAAUGUGACCUGGUUAAGAAAAUAAGGGAUAACUGCCCUUGCUGCUAUGAUAUUACACUCUCAAACACUCAUUGCAUAAUACUGCCAGUUGAGCUUUUGAGUCCCAAUUCCUCAGGUGCUCAGGAAUGUCCUCUCUACCCCACUGAGUUGGCAUUUACCUUGGAUGCGUCAGAUGGCAUAUCACGCCCGGCUUUCAACAACAUGCGGGACACUGUUCUCCGCCUGGUCAGUGACAUCACCAUUGCUGAGAGCAACUGUCCACGAGGAGCCCGUGUUGCUCUAGCGCUCUACAACAAUGAGGUGACCACAGAGAUCCGCUUUGCAGAUGCGCUAAAGAAGCGAGCACUUGUUGAGCGAGUUCAAGGGCUCCAGGCUUUGCAGACCCGUAAGCAGCGCAGCUUGGAGACAGCCAUGAACUUUGUUGCACAGAACACAUUCAAGAGAGUCCGCAGUGGCUUCCUUGUGCGCAAGGUUGCUGUUUUCUUCGUCAAUGGCCCUGUCACAGUCACGAAGGAAUUCAGUGCAGCUGCUCUACGCCUCUAUGAUGCUGGAAUUGCCUCUGUAUUCCUUCUUAAUCGUGAAGAUCGUCAACUCAGCAGAGCCUUGCAGCUAAAUAACACUGCACUAGCCCAGGUUAUCGUCCUACCAUCACCGGGAAGUGCUGAAUACAACAAUGUCAUCAAAAAGACCAUGAGCUGCCACAUCUGCCUUGAUGUCUGUGCCCCGGAUCAGAUGUGUGACUAUGUCCCUCCAUCAAGAGUUAGGGACCGGAGAGAUUCUACCACUGACUUAGACAUUGACAUGACCUUCAUCCUCGAUAGUUCUGAAACCACCUGGCCCUCCGUCUUCACAGAGAUGAAGCUAUACGUGGCACAGAUGGUAGCACAGCUGGAGAUGUCCCCUGAACCGGCCAGCUCUACUCAUCAUGCUCGAGUGGCACUUGUCCAGCAUGCACCUUAUGAAUACUUGCACAAUGGUAGCGGCAUCCCAGUCAGUGUGGCCUUUGGCCUGACAGACCACAAGUCUGCAAGCAUUGUCCAAAGCUUCCUGCUGGAUAAGGUGCACCAGCUGGAGGGAGGAUGGGCCCUUGCUGCUGCACUUGAAGGCACAGUGGAACAUGUGUUUGAGAAGGCGCCACAUCCCCGCAACUUGAAGGUUUUAGUUCUACUGGUGACUGGGCCAGUAGAACAGGAUGAAGAGAGGAUAGUAAGGGCUGCCAUUGAAGUUAAAUGCAAAGGAUACUUCAUUGUGGUGAUGGCAGUUGGAAAGCUGUUCAGUGCAGGUGAUGCCCGUGUCCUGGCCCAAGUGGCAAGCGAGCCCUCAGACGUGUUCUAUAAGAGGGUGGAUGGACCUUCAGGCUUCUAUGAUGACCACAUUCAGACAUUUGCCAGACUAUUGCCCAAGUACCUUAGCCUUGAAAAUGCUUUCUACCUGUCCCCUGAAGUCUCUAAGAAGUGCCAGUGGUAUCAGAGUGACCAGCCAAAUAAAAUCCCAUUCAGAUUGCCACAGAUACAUGAGAAACCCCAGAAGCAUCAUGAAAAGCAGGAAGUUCAUGACAAAAAACAUAAAGAAUCAAGUAUGGAGGAACUACAUCUUGUUAACGUCACCUCCAGUGGAUUCUCCUUACAGUGGUUAAGUAGUGAUUCAAAGGCCACUCAUGAGGUUACUGUGACUCGACUGAGGGAUCAUAGUCUGGUGCUGAGAAAAAAUGUUACUGGCACCCAUCUCUCCAUCACUGAGCUUGAGGCAGCCCAAACCUAUCAUGUAGUGGUCACCACUCGCAAUGACAAUGGUCAGGUUGCCAACACCUACAAAGGCAUUGUUCCCACAAAAUCAGAAGAACAGAAGCUUCUUACUGCAAGUGAAGUGAUGGGGUCCACUGCAUCUUUGAGUAAACAAGAAAUUAAAUCAUCAGAACAGAAAAUCCUUAAUGCCAGUGAAAUGAUGGGAAUGGUAUCCACUGUGCCCUUGAGUAAACCAGAAAUUACAGAACAGAAGAUUCUUACCGUGAGUGAAGUGACAAGGAUUGUGUCCGCUGCACCCUUAAAUACACCGGAAAUAAAAUCAGCAGAACAGAAGAUUCUUACUGCAAGUGAAGUGAUGGGGUCCACUGCAUCUUUGAGUAAACAAGAAAUUAAAUCAUCAGAACAGAAAAUCCUUAAUGCCAGUGAAGUGAUGGGAAUGGUAUCCAUUCCAUUGAGUGUGCCCUUGAGUAAACCGGAAAUUAUUAACAAUCUUAUGGACCCAUGCUCCCUUGACUUUGAUUCUGGACUACCAUGCAAAGACUAUGCAGCUAAGUGGUACUUUGACAGAAAGAAUGGAUUCUGUACGCAGUUCUGGUUUGGAGGUUGUGGAGGAAAUGACAAUAGGUUUGAGAGUGAGGCAGAUUGCCUCAAACGCUGCUUGAAGACAGUGACUGAGCAAAAAGCAAGCGGCGAGCAUAUCAAAGCUGUCUUACCCCCAGCACCAGCUCCAGUUGCCCUGCACUCCAAUGUUGAUAUCUGCAAGCUACCAAAAGAAGAAGGCACCUGUGCUAAAUUUGUGCUUAAGUGGCAUUAUGACCCCCUGAGUGGAAACUGUACACGCUUCUGGUACGGAGGCUGUGGAGGGAAUCAGAAUCGCUUUGACACACAAGAUGAGUGCAAGAAAGCCUGUGGAAAAACAGCACCUGUUAAACAAGUGGUCAUUGCUGCAGGUCAAACAUAGAAACUAAUGAAGACUCUUAGCUGACAACACUCAGAGGAUAUAGCACCUUGAACAAGAAGCUCCGACAAAGCUAAGAUGCCUGCACUGGAUUCUGCCAAAGGAUUUGAU